AACGGAAGGCUAAUCACAUGAUCAGGUGGGGCUGCCGACGCUGUUGUAGUCGACCUGUGAAGAAAAAAAUCAACCUGUCAACAGCACGUUCAUUCACGGACACAUUUGUGAUCAUAAAUGAUCUCCCCCGGUGACUAACGGGUGUUAUGGAGCUAACUGAAGGUGGAGGACAAACCCUGUGACAUGUUGGCCCAAGCAGAAUCAUGGCAUCUUGGACCUCCUCCUAAACAUCACAAGCUCCUAGUGUCGUCAUGGCCUCCAGCUAUGCACCGCCGUUUGAGGGCACAGGUGAAGUAAAGGAGGGCUUUCUCUGCCCUCUGUGCCUGAAGGACCUCCAGUCUUUCUACCAACUCCAGGGCCACUAUGAGGAGGAGCAUUCAGGAGACGAUCGGCAUGUUCGAGGACAGCUCAAGAAUUUGGUUCAGAAGGCAAAGAAAGCCAAAGACAAACUGUUGAAGAGGGAUGGAGACGACCGACCAGACACCGGCAGUUAUGAGUCCUUCUACUACGGUGGGGUCGACCCAUACAUGUGGGAACCUCAGGAACUGGGAGCAACUAGAAGUCACCUGGACCUGUUUAAGAAACACCGGGCAGCGCGCAUCGAUCAUUAUGUUAUUGAAGUCAAUAAGCUCAUCAUUAGACUGGAAAAGUUGACGGCGUUUGACCGAGCCAACGCAGAUGCUGCUAAAAUUAGAGCCAUUGAGAAGUCUGUGGUGUCCUGGGUGAGUGACUCCGAUGUCCCCUUCUGUCCCGAUUGUGGAAACAAGUUCAACAUCCGAAACAGACGCCACCACUGUCGGCUCUGUGGAUCCAUCAUGUGCAGGAGGUGCAUGGAGUUCGUUCCCCUGCCUUUGGCCCAGAAGCUCAUCAAUGGCACCCGAGAAGCUCUGUGUGUGCCUGGAAGCCCCAGUCAGUCUCAGUCUCCUCCAGCGGGGGGCGGAGGCAGUGGGAUGGGCUCCAGGAGGGGCAGCAUCACCAGCUUGAGCAGCGUAGCGUCCAUUUUGGAAGAGAAGGAUGAUGAGAAGAUCCGCUGCUGUCACCACUGCAUGGACACUCUGCUGAAGAGGCAGCAGAAGUUGGAGGAGAAGGAUCACGUUCCAGAUAUAGUGAAACUUUAUGAGAGGCUGAGAAUGUGCAUGGAGAAGGUGGAGGAGAAGGCUCCAGAGUAUAUCCGAAUGGCUGAAUCCCUCAACGCCGGGGAAACCACAUACAACCUGGACACUGCUGGAGGACUGAGGCUGGAAGUGCAGAAAUACUACGAACUCAUUGAUGCUCUAAGUAAGAAGAUUUUAACACUGGGGACGAAAAGUGAGCCGCAGCCACACCCGAAGGCGCUCCAGCUACAGAGGAUGAUACGCUACACAGCCACGCUGUUUGUCCAGGAGAAGCUUUUGGGGCUGAUGUCUUUACCCACUAAGGACAAAUAUGAAGAGCUGAAAGAGAAGAGGAAACAGGACCAAGAGAGACGACUCCAACAAGAGAGACAGGCGGCCCAGGAGAGUCUAAAAAGGAGGCAGGAGUAUGAGAAAAACCGCCCACCGGUUAAUGGAGAGCUGCCGCAGGCCUCUAGAGGCCCCCGCAUGACCAAGGCUGGCGGCUGGCUGCCCUCUGCUGACUCCGCCCACGCUCGCAGCGAGCUGGAAGACCCCCUCUUACAGCAGAUUGAAAACAUUCAGUCAUUCCUCCGUCAGGCGCGUGAAGCUCAGCGGACAGAUGAGGUCGCCAUGUUGGAGGAGAACCUGCGUCAGCUGCAGGAUGAGUACGACCAGCAGCAGACCAGCAUGGCCAUCGCUCUCUCCCAAAAACUGGCGCAGGAGGAGAGCUUGCAGCAAGGGGAGCUGCAGCGCCUGGAGGAGAGGGAGAGGGAAGGAAGGGAGCAAUGGGGCUCCACUUUCGUCUCCACGCAGCCGUCCUUCACCUGGGAGCCGUCUCUGGAUAUCAACCCAGCAGGAGAUCACCAGGUGGAGUCGGGGGUGGAAACUACGGCAGAGAUCCCGACUCUGAAAACCGAGGCCAGUCCAUCAGCCGUCAGAGCCCUCUCCUCGCUCACACCUCUAGAGGAUUCUCCUCCAAGACUAAGGAGCUUAGGGGGGCACAUAACCCCGCCUAGUGGUGAAGGACAGAGCAGCACUUCCCUUAACCCUUUCGAAGAGGAGGACUCCACUCCCAUUGAGGAGGAUCCAUCCAAUCCCUUCUUCGAGGACAUCAAGAAGGAAGUUUCCAACGGCAAGAAGGAAUACAACCCCUUUGAAGAAGACACAGACAGAGAGGACCAACAGGCUGAAACUACACCGAGCAACCCGUUGGGGGAGGACGACGCAGACGCAGGCAACCCCUUUAUGGACGCCUCUGGGAACUCGCCCGAGGCCUCCACCAACCCCUUCGACGGGGACGUCGACGACGAAACUCUGCCCGAUGUGGACAUGAUAGAGGAAGAGCUGCUGCUCCAGCAGAUCGACAACAUCAGGGCGUACAUCUUCGAUGCCAAACUCAGCGGGCGGCUCGACGAGGUUGAGCUCUUGUCGGAGAACCUCAAAGAGCUACAGCACACUCUGCAGGAGCAGAAGAAGAAGAGGCACUAACAGUCUGGCUCCGAUCGCCUGCUAUUUACCAAGUUGUCCGAGGCUCGCACACUUUAGGAAUGGUCAACCCAAUUUACUGCAGUUUGAAUGAAAUCUGAUCCAUCAGACGCUAAUUAAAAAUGUGUACCUAGA